CCAGGGGAUCAGUCCCACCUCUGUAAUUCUUUCGAAUUUUAAGGUCAUCUUCCUUUCUCAAUGACCUGGUUAACUAUUUAGCUCCAGCUCCAUUCCCCAGCUGGUAUUCUCAAUGGCCAUGUCCCCUCACUCUAUCCUGCCUUAUCUAUUCCCUUUCACUCUCCUCCUCAUCUUCUCAACCCCAGGCCUAUCGUCGCCUUCGUCUUCCAUUGGAGUCUUCCCGCCGACGUGCAAACGCAUUGAAUGCCCGGGCUUCGACGUGAUAGAUGAAGGCGAUGGAUACGAGAUCCGUCGGUAUAACUCGACGCCAUGGAUAUCGACGUCGCAGAUCAAUGAAAUCUCUUUUGUUGAAGCCACGAGGAUUGGAUUUCUGCAGUUGUUCAGCUAUAUUCAAGGGAACAACGAGUACAAUGUCAAGAUAGACAUGACAGCUCCUGUCAUCACUCAGAUCGUACCUAGUGAUGGCCCCUUCUGCACUUCAUCAUUCGUCGUGAGCUUCUACGUACCAAAGGAGAACCAGGCCGACCCUCCUCCUGCAAAUGGCCUUCAUCUGCAAAAAUGGGGUGUUAAAUACGCAGCAGUGCGUCAAUUUGCAGGUUUUGUUUUAGAUUCUGAAGUAGGCGUGGAAGCAGCAGCCCUCUACUCCAGUCUUGCCGGUUCCAACUGGGCAUCAGCUAUUGAUAAAAGCAGGAAAGAUUAUUCCACUUCUCUCUAUACCGUGGCUCAGUAUAAUUCUCCAUUUGAGUACACAGGUAGAGUGAAUGAGAUAUGGAUUUUGUUUGAUGAGGAAGAUAUCAGCAGCGGCUAGAUGGAGCCAGAGGGAGUUGACGAAUAUAGUGCGCCUCUCUAUAGUUAGAGGGAGCUAGUGGUAACAAAUCAUGUGUAUCUGUAGCAAUUUCCCAAUGAAACUUUUGUAAUAAAUAUGCUGUGCAAAUUGAAUUAUGUUUCUUUUUACUGAACACAGCAUUUGGUCGGU